AUGUACGAAGACGGCUGGUACAGCUUCGUGCCGGAGCUUAGCAGCAGCAGCAAUGGCAGAAACGAGACUUCUGGCGGCAAGCCUCGAGGCCAUCAGCGCAAGGAAUCGCUCCUCCAGCAGCCCAACGACCCAAACCCCAUUGCCGAGACGCUUGAGGAUGUCCUGGAAGAGCUAGAUCAUACCAAUGACCCUCCCGAGCCCACGUUACCCCGUCGAGCCUCGUCAUACUCCGAUUUCUACGAUGUUGUCAAGGUGGCGCUUCUCAAAGAGUCGCAGCGCAGGCCGCGGCGGAAGGUCGACAGGAGAAGUAGACAAUGGGAAGCCUUGACGCUUUUCAAGGAAGGCUCUGAAGCUUCUCAAUACCUCCCAAAGGAAGCCGGGCCCACGGAAUCGCUAGACGACCGACUGCUAGAGGAAAGCCAGCGAGAGUACUUGCUUUACCGCGACCAAUUGAGGAUGACUGAGCGCCAUCUCGAGGGCCUGGUUGACAAUGCCAAUGAUGCGCUCAAACUGCUCACGACCUUGUCGCAAUCAUUCCAAUCUGUCGAGGCCCAGACGUCGACUUUCCAGGCACAAUGCGAAGAGCUCUUGACGGAGCAGCGGCGACUGGAGAAGCUGGCAGACGAGGUGGGGACUGAUCUCUACUACUACGGAUAUCUGGAAAAAGCCACGAGGCGGCUGAACGCUCCGGGCGCCAGUCAAUUGGUAGAGGACGACGACUUUGGUGAGAUGGUGGAGAACAUUGAUGCCUGCAUCAAGUUCAUGACCACUCAUGAAAACUACCGCGAGCGCGAUUCGUAUCUAGCGCGAUAUAGCGCCCUACUCACCAAGGCAUUGCAUCUUCUGGACCAUGCCUUCAACACUCGCCUGGACAAAGUGUCCAGUGACAUUGCGCGGCAAAUCGCCGCCACCAAGUCAGAAUCUGCUCGCCACGCACUUGCCUAUGGCAGGUUUGAAGAGAUGAUGGCGCAGUCUUACUCUCUACUCCCGAAUGUCCGGAAGGUAGUCCGCUCGGCUUACCAUGUGUACGGCCAGCCAGUAGAGGCCACGACUACAACAGCGACAUACGCCAAUGUCGUCAACACCAUGUUCCGAACAUACUUCUCGACCCGUGAUCGAGACUUGAAGCCGAUGACGCAGCAUGAUAUAGACGAGUAUCAGAAAGAGGUCAAAAGCCUGUCGAUAGAGACAGCUUCUAGAAACUUUGUGAAACAGCUGUUUGAACGGAUAUAUAGCGAGGACGGCCUUUUUACUAAGAUUUUCAGCAUAGAGCUCGCUUGGAGCCCUUCUGCCGAGUCAGCCUUCCAUGCUGUCAAGCAAAUCAGCACGACAAUGGUGCACCCCGGCAAUCUUGUGCCAUUGGCCACCAACUUGCAAGCCGUGCUCCAGAAUGCUCAGCUCCAGGAAACAUGCAACGUGGUGGGAUGGCUAGCUAAUGAGUACGCUGUGGCAGAUGUCGAUGAGGAGGACUCACCGUCGUUCAGAAAGUACAAAGAAUACGCCGCCAGGCUGCUUGCAGACCACCUUUGGCCUUUCACGGACGGUUUGUUCGAAGCCGAGAUUGUGAGAUCCAUCGCCAAAGCCCCAACACAAGAUGGCCUCCUGAAGAUUGGCCCCGUCGUGGGCGGAGUAGCAUCUUCGAAUGCAUAUCCCCUAGUCAAGCGCGCCAUUGAGCUUCUGGCCAUGUUUGAUCAGGCAAUGCCCAAGGAGAGAUCUGCCAAGAACAGCCCCGUUGUGUUCAAGAUCGUACGAGAGACGAUCCAGGUCCUUCAGCGGGCUGAGGCAAGAAUCAAAUCGCUCAAAACGGACACCGACCCGGAUCUAUUCAUGGUCAAGAAUCUGCUCAUCCUUAAGAACGAACUGGUAUCACUUGAGAUUGGCGAUAUUCGAAGCCAGCCCGCGAUGCAGCACUUCGGCCACAUCUGGGACACGCUGAGUCCUCAGAAUUGGGUAGGAUUCUUCACGAGCAUCAUCAGCGGCAAUUUGUGGUCUCGAGGGGCGCCGUCCGUCACAGCCAAGACGCUUACGGUCGAGGACAUGAGCGAGCAGCUGGAUGAGCUUCUGCGCCAGUCUAUUUACGCCUUUACAAAGCGAUGGGCUUCCCUGAUCAACGACUCCCAGAGCCGGAAACCCGGCGUGAAGCCCAUUGCAAAGGUAGAAGCCGAGCUCGAAACUAUACUUGACACGGCAUUCAGCAAUCAGCCUGAAGUCAUUUCGAAGCUGAAGGAAGCCAUACAGCUCAAUGCGCAGGCGCAGAAGGAGGCAAAGGGCCCUGGAGACGGGUCUCGAAGAUAUUAG